AUGAUGCAGCGUUUACGUGUCGGAGGGAAGACAAAGAAUAGAUUUUCCCCUACAAAAGAGGAUAUUUUAAAUACAAUUGAGCAAUUCAGGGACAAGCCAGUAAGUGGAUAUGAUCCUUCCAGCAAUGGUUUUAACAACAACAGCUUUAGCAGGAGACUAAGUAGCACUAAUGCAAACAUGGAGAGCCCAGACUUUCUUCAUCCAGACAGUAUGGAGAACUCUCAACCACUGGGAGGUAGUUAUACACAUUCCUACAGCACUGAGUGGGAACGCUUGUUUGGCAAACCCAAUUUUCUGAAGGCCUUAAGAGAUCAUGGCUUACGUGGCAACUUGAGAAGCAGUCGAUUUCGAAGUAUCUGUUGGAAGCUUUACCUUGAAGUAUUACAUGAAGACAAAUCCCAGUGGUUGGUAAAGACACAGGAAUGGAGGCAGAAAUAUGAUGACUUGAAAAAUAAUGUAUGUUCCCUUUAUUUAUCUAUUAAUUACUUUUUCAAACUACAGUCUUUUUUCCUUUUUUCUUUCCUCUUUUUUUCUUUCCUCUUUUUCUCCUCUUUUCUCUUUUCUCUUUUUUCCUUUCUUUUUUUUCUCCUCUUUUCUCUCUUUCUUUUUCUCUUUUCUCUCUUUCUUUUUCUCUCUUUCUUUUUUUCUCUCUUUCUUUUUUCUCUUUCUUUUUCUUUUUUUCUCUCUUUCUUUUUUUUCUUUUUCUCUCUUUCUUUUUUUUCUUUUUUCUCUCUUUCUUUUUCUUUUUCUCUCUUUCUUUUUCUCUCUCUUUUUCUCUCUUUCUUUUUCUCUCUUUUUUUUCUUUUUCUUUUUCUCUCUUUCUUUUUCUCUUUCUUUUUCUCUUUUUUUUCUCUCUUUCUUUUUUCUCUCUUUCUUUUUCUCUCUUUCUUUUUUUUUUUUUCUCUUUUUUUCUUUUUCUCUCUCUUUCUUUUUUCUCUUUUUUUCUUUUUCUCUCUUUUUUCUCUCUUUCUUUUUUCUCUCUUUUUCUUUUUUUCUCUUUUCUUUUUUCUCUCUUUUCUUUUUUCUCUUUCUUUUUUCUCUCUUUUCUUUUUCUCUUUUCUCUUUCUUUUUCUCUUCUUUUUCUUUUUCUUUUUCUUCUUUCUUUUUCUCUUUUCUUUUUCUCUUUCUUUUUCUUUUUCUCUUUCUUUCUUUUUUUCUCUCUUUCUUUUUCUCUCUUUUUUUUCUCUUUUUUUUUUUUUUUUUCUCUUUUUUUUUCUCUCUUUCUUUUUCUUUUUUUUUCUCUCUUUUUUCUCUUUUUUUUUUUUUUUCUCUUUUUUUUUCUCAUUUUUUUUUUCUCUCUUUUUUUCUCUUCUCUUUUUUUUUCUUUUUUCUCAUUUUUCUCAUUUUUCUCUUUUUCUCUUCUCACAUUUUUCUCUUUUCUCUCUUUUUUCCUUUUCUUUUUUCUUUUCUUUCCUUUUUCCUUUCUUUUUUCUCUUAUUCUCUUUUUUCUUAAUCAUAAACCCUCGAAAAGCUGUUGAUUCAGCCCAUGACCUUUCACUGAAUAAUCCAUUAUCACAAGAUGAAGAAAGUCCUUGGAAUCGAUUUUUCCAAGAUAAUGAACUUCGACUUACCAUCAAACAAGAUGUCAUCCGAACUUAUCCUCGGAUAGAAUUUUUUCAGUCAAAUCAAGUUCGAAACAUGAUGGUUGACAUACUCUUUAUUUAUGCAAAGCUGAAUACAGACCUGUCCUAUCGACAGGUUACUAUAAUUUUGUUACUUCUCCUUUUUGUCUCUUCUGCAGCUCACCCAUUAAUUCCCUCAGAGGAUCAGUUAUUUUCUCUCUCUCUCUCUCUCUCUCUGUUCAUAUCUCUCUCCAGCUUUAUGCUUUUUUUUGUUCAUUCAACUGUUACUUGCUCUCACUGGAUUUGCUGCAUCACAUGUUUUCUUUUUUCUAGUUUUCCUGAGAUUCCAUUCUUCCAGUCAGAUGUCAUUCACCUUCUGAUGAUUAAUGUAUUGUUUAUAUAUUCUCGCAAUGAUCAGACUCAUUUGUCAUACAGGCAGGGCAUGCAUGAAUUGCUGGCCCCUUUGAUAUUUGUCUUACAUUGUGAUCAUCAAGCAUUCCUCCAUGCCUGUGAAAUUGAAAGUGUUGGCCUGACUCAAGUUAUUGACAGUGAAAUGAUUAGUGAACUUAUGGAUCCAUUUUAUUUGGAACAUGAUGCCUAUGCCAUGUUCUGUCAAGUGAUGGCUACAGUGGAACCAUGGUACACGACCAAAGAUGCACCAACGCCAAAAGGAAAAGAAAUUUUCAAUGUGCAGCCUUUCGCUCGGCCACAAGAUUUGAAUCCUUCCAAUGUUAUAAUCACCAAACUAACCCGCAUCCAAGAUUACAUCCUGAAAAAAUAUGAUGCAGAGCUUCACCUGCAUUUGGAACGACUCGAGAUUGUUCCACAGAUUUAUGGCAUUCGAUGGGUACGUUUAUUGUUUGGAAGGGAGUUUCCAAUGCAGGAUCUGCUGAUGUUGUGGGACGCUAUCUUUGCUGAUGGAAUCGGUUUUGAUUUGGUGGACUAUGUCUUCGUUGGAAUGUUAUUGUAUAUACGUGACCUCUUGCUUACCAGUGAUUAUCCGAAUUGUAUGAAUACUUUAAUGCGGUAUCCUCCAGUGGGAGAUGUACAUUAUUUUGUGGACAAAGCACUUUAUCUUCGAGAACCAAAUCAAUAUCCUCGGCCACCUCCCUACAGUUACCAAACUGUGAACAAUAUGCAAAUGAAUAGAAAUAAAGUUACUCCUCCUUGUCAAGAGAAAAGAGGGUCCACAGCAAGUCUAUCUAAACUAGAAGACACUAUGUUACGCUCAACAACUUCAAAUUCUAGCUUCAUACCUCGUUCUGUGGCCUCCACUCCUGCCGGUUAUAGUCCUGAUGAUGGUCACACCAGCAGUCCAACUCGCUAUUCUACGUUACCCAGCAAGGGAAGGAUGAAAUCUAAGAAGAUUACAAAAUAUGAGCAAGACAUAACCACAAAGAUGGCUUAUAUACAAGGCAAAUUGAAUGACUUUGAAGCUAUGUGUAAAUAUUGUGCCAGCAAACUUGAUAUUCAUAUUGAACGCUUACAAGAUGAAUUGCAUGCCCAAAAGUUAACAGGAGGAGAAGAUGAAAUUUUGUUAUCAAUUGCUGGAGUAAAACAGGUCAGAGAUAUCCUGAAGGGAACAUUGAAAUUUUCUCGAAACCUCCUUGAUGAAGACAAAAUUGAGAUCACUGAUGAUCACUAUAAGGAGGAACCAUGCCUGACAUCUCCAGAUUACGAUACUACUGAUUCUGCUGGUGCUGCAGCAACACACAGGGAUAGUGAAAUUUUCGGCAAGUCUUCUCUCUAUGACUACAAGAAGCGGUCCAAAUCUAAGGGCUUCUACCCAAGCAGUGAGGAGAGUUCCCCUUGCCACAUGAGUGAUAUUCAGGGUCGUGUGGUAGAGCUCAUAGAUUACGGCCCCCAGGAUCAGUAUGGGGCUGCCCACCCAGUUGAAGCAGUCAACUAUCAUAAUGCUAAUUCUAGUGAAUACAGAAGCACAAAAUAUUCAGAAUAUGGUUGCCAUACACACCAGCAUGUCAUCAACAGCAAGAUCUCUUGA